AUGUCUUCUCAUCUCUCAGCAGAGGUAAAACGUCCAGUAGUAAGCUUUCGCUCCAGCAUCUGGGGAAAUCGUUUCAUCAACUACACUCCUGAUGAUGAGAUAACUCGUGCCUAUAACCAGCAGCGGGUUGAGGAUUUGAAGGAGGAAGUGAAAAGAGAGCUAAUGGUAGCUGCGGGUAAGCCUUCACAACAUCUGAACUUCAUUGAUGCUGUUCAACGACUCGGUAUGGCAUACCACUUUGAAGAAGAGAUAGAAGAAGCAAUAGGGCAUAUCUAUGAUAACUACCAUCACAGUGAUGAUAAAUAUGAUGAUCUCUGUAAUGUUUCUCUCCGAUUUCGACUUCUAAGACAGCAAGGGUACAAUAUUUCAUGUGACAUAUUCGAGAGGUUCAAAGAUGAAAAUGGCAGUUUCAAGGAAUGUCUGAACAAUGAUGUGGAAGGCAUGCUUGGGUUAUAUGAGGCUGCACAUCUCAGGGUGCAGGAAGAAGAUAUACUAGAUGAAGCACUUGCUUUCACCACCGCUCACCUUGAGUCUUUGGUUGAAGAUUUAGACUAUCCUCUUGCAGCACAAGCAACCCAAGCCCUAUACCGGCCCAUUAGGAAAGGUUUGGAGAGGCUGGAGGCAAGGCCUCACAUAUCUAUCUACCAAGAUGAAGCUUCACACAGUAAAGCUUUAUUGGAGCUUGCCAAGUUAGAUUUCAAUCUGCUGCAGUCACUGUACAAGAAAGAGCUAAGCUACAUCACUAGGUGGUGGAAAGAUUUAGAUUUCUCUUCGAAGUUGCCUUUUGUCCGGGAUAGAGUGGUGGAAACCUACCUUUGGAUUGUCGCAGAAUGUUUUGAGCCCCAAUACUCGUAUGCUAGAAGAAUACAGACCAAAUUGCUUGUUCUAAUAACAGUUAUAGAUGAUGUCUAUGAUGCAUAUGGCACUUUGGAAGAACUUGAACUCUUCACAGAAGCAAUUGAGAGGUGGGACAAUAAUAGCAUAGAUAGUCUUCCAGAAUACAUGAAGCCAUGCUAUCAGGCAGUCUUGGAUGUCUACAAAGAAAUUGAGGAGAAGGAAAAUGAAGAAAGACCUUACUGUGUUCACUAUGCAAAAAAGGCAGUAAGGCUCCCAGAGUCUGUUCGAGCUUACUUCAAUGAAGGCAAAUGGCUCCAUGCAGAAUAUGUACCAACGAUGGAAGAGUACAUGGGUGUUGCCCUAGUAAGCUCUGAUGUCCCCAUGUUCACAAUCAUCUCCUUUGUUGGCAUGGGAAUGAUGGCAACAAAGGAGGCCUUUGAUUGGGUGUUAAAUGGCCCUAAGAUUGUCCGAGCUUGUUCCACAAUUGUUAGGCUCAUGGAUCUGAAAUAUUACUUCCAAAAUUUUGAGCAAGAGAGAGGGCAUAGUGCAUCUAGUGUUGAAUGUUACAUGAAGCAAAAUAGUGUCUCAGAGCAACUUGCAUACCGAGAGCUUAACAAGCAAGUCGAGAAAGCAUGGAAAGAUAUAAACCAGGAGUUCCUCAGACCUACUGCUAUUCCAAUGCAUCUCCUUACACGGGUUCUCAAUUUUGCACGCACUGGAGAAUUCAUGUACAAAGUCCGUGAAGAUAGAUUCACGAAUGUAGGAGAAGUGCUAAAAGAUAAUAUUGCAUCACUGUUCAUUGACCCUAUAACCCUUGCCUAUAACCAGCAGCGGAUAGAAGAUUUGAAAGAGGAAGUGAGAAGAGAGCUGAUGGCAGCUGCUGGUAAGCCUUCACAGCAGCUGAACUUCAUCGAUGCAGUUCAAAGACUAGGGGUGGCAUACCACUUUGAAGAAGAGAUAGAAGAAGCAUUAGGACAUACAUUCAAAAGAUUCACAGAUGAAAAUGGUAGUUUCAAGGAAUGUCUGAUAAAAGAUGUGGAAGGCAUGCUAGGGUUGUAUGAAGCUGCACAUCUCAGGGUUCAGGAAGAGGAUAUACUAGAUGAAGCAAUUGCUUUCACCACCACUCACCUAAGGUCUUUGGUUGAACAUUUAGACUGUCCUCUUGCAGCACCAGUAAAUCGAGCCCUCUACCGCCCCAUUAGGAAAUGCUUGGAGAGGCUGGAGGCAAGGCCUUAUAUUACUAUGUACCAAGAUGAAGCUUCACAUAGUAAAGAUUUAUUGGAGCUUGCCAAGUUAGAUUUCAACCAACUGCAGUCACUGUAUAAGAAAGAGUUAAGCCACAUCACUAGGUGGUGGAAAGAUUUAGAUUUCUCCUCGAAGCUGCCUUUUUUCAGAGAUAGAGCGGUGGAAACCUACCUGUGGAUUGCUGUAGCAUGUUUUGAGCCCCAAUACUCGUAUGCUAGAAGAAUACAGGCCAAAUUACUUGCUAUAGCAACAGUUAUAGAUGAUAUGUAUGAUGCAUAUGGCACUCCGGAAGAACUGGAGCUCUUUACAGAAGCAAUUGAGAGGCUUCCAGAAUACAUGAAGCCUUGCUAUCAGGCACUCUUAGAUGCCUACAAAGAAAUUGAGGAGAAGGAGAAUGAAGAAAGAUCAUAUUGUGUUCACUAUGCAAAAGAGGCGAUGAAAAGUGCAGUUCGAGCUUACCAUAAUGAGUCCAAGUGGUUCCAUAGAGAAUAUGUACCAACGGUAGAAGAGUACUUGAGUGUCGCACUAGUAACCUCUGAUGUCACCUUGUUCACUAUCAUCUCUUUUGUUGGGAUGGGAAGGAUGGCAACAAAGGAGGUCUUUGAUUGGGUGUGGAAUGACCCUAAGAUUAUGAAAGCCACCUCCACAAUUAUUAGGCUCAUGGAUGAUAUGGCUUCACACGAGUUUGAGCAACAGAGAGGACAUGCUGCAUCAAGUGUUGAAUGUUACAUGAAGCAACAUGGUGUCUCAGAGCAGCAUGCAUACCAAGAGCUUAACAAGCAAGUUGAGAAUGCAUGGAAAGAUGUAAACCAGGGCUGCCUCAGACCUACUGCUAUUCCAAUGCAUCUCCUUACGCGUGUUCUCAAUUUUGCACGCGCUGGAGAUUUCAUGUACGGAGGGGGUAAAGAUAUAUUCACCAAUGUUGGAGAAGUGAUGAAUGAUAAUAUCGCAUCAUUGUUUGUCCAUCAUGUGCCUAUAUAAGCCUGGAGAUUAGUGAUGCUAAUAAAUCCUCUGGUUCUGCUUUGUAUGCAUUUCAAUUGGUAGCUGGGCUUCAGGGCCUUCUGAACUUGCUCUGCCAUG